UUCCAUCAGCAACAUCUACACCACAACAUGAAGACCUUCAUCAGCCUCAUUGCUCUCUUGGUUGUCGCUUUGGCCGACAAUGCCCCCUCUUACAUAGAGGAGCCCAUUGCCCACCAAUACCAAUAUCCCAAGGUUGACGAUGUCAAAGACAGCUUUGCUCAAAACGAAGUUCGUAAUAGUUAUGCCACAAACCGUGUGGCCCUUCCUUCUGGCAAUACCCAUAUUGAGAACAGCAAUGCGGCUAAUGCCCACUCUGGAUACUUGGCUGACGCAUACUCUAGAUAUUUGGCUGAGGUACGAUAUGGGGGAGAGCCGAAGUACGAGUUCUACGCGCCCGUCCCUGUUUCUUCCAAGCACACACCUAUCAGGCGUGCCCCUUACAAACGCACCCCUUACUACCGUGCCCCUCAUUCCAACUAAGAGAACUCUCCCUCAUAUAUUUCUUUAACUUAUUUUUCAUGAUAGUUUUUGAGCGAAAUAUAUUUGCAUACCUUCAAUAAUAUGAUUUAUACCUUAAAUGAAAGGGUUAAAUAGAAAUCGGCACAUCAAAAAGAAAAAAAAUGGCAUACGCUCACCAACACACUUCAAAUUAAAAUGGAGCACACCAAAACUAUUAAGUGGCACACCGAAACUUUAAAGUGGCACAAGCAAGUUGGCACACAGUAAAGUGUUUGUGGGACACCAAAAAUUGAAAUUUGCCCACUGAAUUCAAAAGGGUACGCACAAAGAGUAUAAAUUGACACCCCAAAAGAAAAUCAGAAGGAGAUUUAUAUUAAGCACACGGAAAAAGUUGUAAAGCACAUCAAACAUGAAAAUGGCACACCAAAUAACAAAAAGGCAAACAAAAUAACAAAAAGG